AAGACAUUCCGACUGGGGCCCAAACUGCGCUACCCCAUUACCAUAUCCAAGUUCAUCAAAAACAAGGGCGACGACGUCAAGAAGCAAGAGACGAUUUUACAGUACACAUUCCGAUUUGAACGCACUGUGGGCGACCCGGCCCUUAACGAGGAGCGAACCGUACAAGAGACAGGCUGGGCUGAUUGGGAUUGUCCCACAGAUGGUACAAUAUCACAAUGGAAGGUUAAAGUAGGCGACGUCAUUGAAAAGGACCAGGUACUGGUCACCAUUGAUGAAUUGUGUCCUCACGACCAACAAUAUGCCGGACUUUGCGUGCUGUGUGGAAAGGAUAUGAAGGAAGCCAGUUGGGCCACCGACACACUCGAUACAGACCGCGCUACUAUAGCCAUGGUACACGACAACGUUGCGCUCACCGUCAGCGCGGCCCAGGCGACGCGCGCCGAGUUGAACCUUCAGCAGCGACUACUUGAGCAACGCAAAUUGAGUCUGGUAGUGGAUCUCGACCAGACCAUUAUUCACGCAUGCAUCGAACCGACGGUUGGCGAAUGGCAAACUGACCCGUCCAACCCAAACUACGAAGCAGUCAAAGACGUGCGCAGCUUCCAGCUAGACGACGGUCCCCGCGGUCUCACCAGCGGAUGCUGGUAUUACAUCAAGCUUCGACCCGGGCUGGCUAGUUUCCUGCAACGCAUGUCCGAGCUAUUCGAGAUGCAUGUGUAUACCAUGGGAACAAGGGCAUACGCCGAGCAGAUUGCUAACAUUGUUGACCCGGAUAAGAAGCUUUUUGGGCACCGUGUGAUCAGCCGCGACGAGAACGGCAGUAUGACGGAGAAGAGCCUGCAACGGCUAUUCCCCGUAAGCACAAACAUGGUGGUGGUAAUCGAUGAUCGUGCCGAUGUUUGGCCCAGGAACAGGCCCAAUCUGAUCAAAGUCACCCCAUACGAUUUCUUCAAGGGCAUUGGGGAUAUCAACUCGAGCUUUCUACCCAAGCGUGAGGAUAUAAUAACACCAGCACCGGCGGUGGUUCCUAUACACAAAAAUGGCCCCGAAAGCCAAAAUCCCAACGCGCUAGACAGCAAAAUGGCGGAACACGAGAGAGUCCUUGCAAACGGCGGCGAUGAGAAUGUGAUACUCCAGCUGCAAGCCGAGGAGCAGGAGCGCGAAUUGGAGAAACAACUCAAAGAGCGGCCGUUGCUACAUCUGCAGAAGAAACUUGACAAAGAAGAAUUGGAAGGAUUAGAUGAUGGGCUAAGCAUCGAAACUACUAACCAAAAUGGAAGUGUCCACUCGGAAUCACCUUCACAAUCCCGUCAUAACCUUCUGCGCGACGACGACCAAGAACUUAUUCACCUGGAGAAGCACCUAUCCGAGUUACACCGAAGCUUCUAUGAACAAUACGAUGCACGCCGCGAAGGUCGUCGUCAUAGAUCUACCGACAUUGAACCUGAAACCAUUCCUGAUGUGGGUUCUGUAUUGGAACGGCUUAAGUCUCGCGUGUUACGUGGCUGCUCGAUUGUGUUGUCAGGUCUCGUGCCGCUGGGUAUUGAUAUACACCGUUCUGAAAUCGGGCUUCAAGCCACCUCCUUCGGCGCGAAUUUAAGGACGAAAGUUAGUGACAAGGUCACUCAUCUUGUGAUUUCUAGCUCGCGGCCAAGAACUCACAAGGUCCGGCUAGCUGCUAGAAUCCCCAAGAUCCGGAUUGUCAACCAGGACUGGCUUGCGGGGAGCCUGCAGCAGUGGAGGAAGUUGAACGAGCGGGACUUCGCGGUCGAGGUGCAUCCUGCAGACCGCGCUGGCUCGCAAGAAAAAUCACGGGCACCACCGCGGAUCACGAUCGUGGCCAAUGGCAAACCGGUAGCGGAAAACAGCACCGACGACAUGGAGGAUAUUGACGCAGACGACGACUCGGCCAUCAACACAAACUCCAGCGCUGACGAAGAGGAAGAUGGUGGGCUCGAUGACAUGGACGGCGUGUUGCCUGCGGAGCUGGGGGAAGAUGGCAAGAGCCCCGUUGACGAGCUCAGCAAGAUCGUAUGGAGUGACGUGGACAAAGAAUUGGCCGAUUAUCUGGGCAGUGAAUUCGAUUCGGAUUCAGAAAAGGGAUCCGAGUGUGAAUACAAUACCGACGAUCAGUCGACCGAUACGGAG